AUGCCACCACCUACAACUGAACAUUGGAUAAAAGCAGCAAAAGCUUUUGAAGAACUGUGGAACUUUCCGAAUUGUCUUGGCGCGAUUGACGGCAAACAUAUAUCAAUACAAUGCCCUCCUAAUGCUGGUUCAGAAUAUUAUAAUCAUAAGGGAUUUCAUUCUAUUGUACUUCAAGCUGUCGUUGAUGCUAAUGCUAAAUUCAUAGCUUCAAAAAAAAUUGACCCUAAAAUUAACGACGAGUUUCCGUUUGUAUUUGUUGGGGACGAAGCAUAUCCUUUGCAAACAAACUUAAUGAGACCUUUUCCAAGAAAAAAUUUAACUAAUGAAAAAAGAAUUUUUAAUUAUCGUUUAUCGAGAGCCAGAAGAAUAGUAGAAUAUGCAUUUGGGAUUCUUGUGAAACGAUUUAAUGUUCUAGAGAAUAAAAUGCUAGUUUUUCCUGAAAAAGCUACUAUUAUCACAAAGGCGUGUUGUAUUUUACAUAACAUAAUAAUGGAUAAAGAAGGAGCCUCAUCUGAAAUCCAUGAUGAACUUCAACUUCAAACAACCCAAACGGUUGCUAAAAGCCAAAUUACAUCAAGAUCAAUUAAUAGGGCAUCUACUGCAGCAAUGGAUAUCCGAGAGAAGUUCAUGAAUUAUUUCAAUUCAGACAUUGGUGCAGUUCCAUGGCAAAAUAUGUACAAUUUAUAA